AUGUGGCGCCUCUGGGUCGGCCGGGACAUCAUCCGCGGGGAGAUGUGGCUUGGGCUCUACAACGUGUACGUGCUCCCGACGUUGCUGUACAGCUGCGACGCCAGGGCACUCACGGCUGCCGACGCUGAUCGGCUCGAAAGCCUCCACGGGCAACAGCUGCAUCAACUCAUCGGCGUUUGCUACCCGCACCGCAUCUCGAACAACGCUUUGAAUGAGCGCUGCCAGACCAAGCCACUUCGCUCCCGGCUCGCCCAAGCUGCCUUUUUGGUCGCAUCCUUCGCAGCUCGCCCGACAUCGCGGCCAACCUCGCGAUGCGUGAGUAUUUUGGGCGCUCAGGCGCUGCACCGUGUCCUCACCGCCAGGGCACUGCCAAGGACCUUUGGGCGGCUGACUGAGGCGAUCGUUGACGCUUGUCCCGGCGUACCCACGCACGACACUGUCUAA